UAAACAAAGGCAAAGGGGACAUUACGUGUGUGGAGCGGACAGAAUUCGGUUGUUGUGUGUGAGCCGAGUGUGCGAGCCGAGUGUGCGAGCCGAGUGUGUGUGAGCCGAGUGUGCGAGCCGAGUGUGCGAGCCGAGUGUGUGUGAGCCGAGUGUGUGUGAGCCGAGUGUGUGAGCUGUGGCAGUAACAAUGCCUUCAGUUCAGUAUCUGAGAGAGUUUAUCAACGAGCGACUAACUGCUGCUGCUGAACAAAUAUUCUUGGAGUUUGAAAAAACGAUCGUCCAGUACGAGGAAGAGAUCGACCGUCAGCGCAGACCGCUGGAUAUCACCUGGAAACCCCAAAUCAAGCUGCACAGGACAGAUGUCCCACAGCAGCAUGUCCUUAAGGAGGAGGAGGUUGUCAUGGAGGAGCAGCUCUGUAACCAAGAGAGGAGUUCCAGUCUGAACCAGGAGGUACCUCAACCUCCACAGAUUAAAGAGGAACAGGAGGAACUGUGCAGCAGUCAGGAGGGAGUGCAGCUUAUAUUGAAGGAAGAGAUUAAUACCCUUAUAGUGACUACUGAUUAUGAAGAAAAUGACCACAGUGAACCAGAACCAGAUGGGGACCAGCUCCUCUCUCACAGCUUUGCUGUAGCUGCGAGCCAGGAUCAGGGAGAAAACAAGAGUGCAGAUUCAGAACCAGCCGGAUGUAGAAACAAAAGCAACAACAAUGAAGAAGAACCCACUACGUCAGGAAGUCAGUGUAACGCUAAUAAAAGUAGAGAGACUUUAAAAUGUGAUGUAUGUGGAAAAGCCUUUAAGUAUAAUUAUCUAAUGAAGAGACAUUAUACAAUCCACACAGGUGAGAGGCCGUUCUCUUGCAAGUUAUGUGGGAAAAUGUUCAGAAGUCAUAGUUCUUUGGGGAAGCACAUUAGAGCUCACAAAGGUGAGAAGCCAUAUCCUUGUAAAACAUGUGGGAAAAUGUUUGCUUACAAUAGUGAUUUAUUGAAACACACAAGAAUGCACACUGGUGAGAAGCCAUAUCCUUGUAAAACAUGUGGGAAAAUGUUUGGAUAUAGUAGUUCUUUAUUGAAGCACGUGAGAAUUCAUACAGGUGUUAAGCCAUAUCAUUGUAAAACAUGUGGGAAGACCUUCAGACGUAACUGUCAUUUAACAGAGCACAUAAGAACGCACACAGGUGAGAAACCAUAUCGCUGUAAAGCAUGUGGGAAAAGGUUCAUAUCUAGUACUCAUUUGUUGCGCCACAUGAGAACGCACACUGAUAGUUGUACUUUCGAUUGAAGAUAUUAUUGGCUAAGUGAGCUGCGUUGAGCUAAAAGAGGUUUAUUUCACAAAAUUUGCUUUUUUUACCUAGCUUAGUUAUUCAUUCCUCUUUCCAGUAGCGGGAGACAUUAUUUUAAGUUGUUUAACUCUCAUCUUACAUAUUGGUUUCCAUGUAGAUCUGGGGGGGGGGACUUUUGCUGAACACAUGACCUGGUUAAGAGCAGGCAAUUUUCAGAGUUUCAGUUUCACCAGAAUGUUGCCACAUAUUUGUGUACUAAUUUAGUAUGCAGAAAAUGUAGAAAUGUUGCUAGACUUGAUUCUAAUCUGUUCGUAGGUCUCGUUUGCAGUGACUGAAUUGUAGCUAUUAGAACAUAAAAGCAAUAAAAAUAUAUUUAAAUUUGCAAUAAAAUAAAAUAAAGCAAAAAAUUUAGUAGCUUUCAGUUUCACGGCUCUAACGUGCAGCUCUUACUUUAGAAAUGAACAGCAGCACUGAGACCACACUCAAAGGUAAAAUAAUUAAGACACAUUAAAAUGUUUAUUUUAUUUUAUUUUAUAUUUUUAUUUUCUUCAUAGAUUUUUAAUCACUUUAUCAUCAUCUGUUCAUGCCUGAAACAGAAGCCCGGCUUAAAUGUAAGGUUCACAUCCACUGUUGUACAACCAUUUUUUUCUGACUGGGAUUUUGGUUUUGUUGAGUCAAUUAACACAAAGGCAGCCUGGCUGUGUUGAACUUCAUUCAUAGUCUACCCCUGAGGUCAGAAGUCGUAGUCUUUUUAGAGAACAGUGUCUCGGAAGGCGACCCUGAAAAAACGUGUGAGGUUCAGAGUUGCGCUUUUAGAGUUGAGCCACCUUUGGCUCAACUCUAAAAGUUACACUGUGAGAUCAGUCUGACCUCUCCAGCUGUCAAACUGCACUGUGAUCAGUUUCUUAUGUUUUUCUUCAUUUUUUUUCUUUGCUCUGGAUUGAAAAAAAAAACUUACUGUGUUGUUUAAUUAAAUUUUACAAUUAUGAAGUAUAACAAACAUGCAUCUGAGCUGCUUGUUUUUUAUCCAUCUAAAACUCUGUCAAAGUUUCUGUGGGAGGAAGCUGGAGUACCCAGAGAGAACCCAUAC